CACCGUUCUGACCACUCUCUCUCCCCCUUUUUCCAGGCUCAAGUUGCAGAUACUCUCUUCUCUUGCGUGAAAAAUCUCGGCCUCUAUUUUUUCAGGUCUCGUCUCCAUCUGGAUUUUCCAUUUUUCUGGAAAUUUCGCUCUCUUUUGAGAUGUGCAGCCAAUUAUUGUAGUUAAAGGAUUGGCCUUCUAAAUGCAUUUGGUGUAUUAUUUGGUCAUCUCACUGUAGCAUUUUGAGCCUGAUUGAUCAAUGAUUAGAUUCUUUGAUUAAUAUCUUAGAUUCAACUGAGGAGGUGUUCAUAGUUCCUUCUGGUUUAUCCGGUUUUUAUAUGACAGUAGGUUCAACUUCCCAUCUCUUUCAUGGAUAGUAAUCAGUUUGCUUCUAAUUGGGAUGACGUGAUUUGUUCCAUAUGCUUGGAGUUUCCUCAUAAUGCUGUACUUCUGCAAUGUUCAUCAUAUGACAAAGGAUGCCGCCCCUUUGUGUGUGACACAGACCAUUUACACUCGAAUUGUCUUGAUCGUUUUAGAAAUGCACAUAACACGACUCCCCCAUCAACAUCUGAUGUAGUUCCUCCUAUCAACUCGGAGCCAGUGGCACCAGAAGAUAAUUGCAAAUUAUGUUGUCCUUUGUGUAGAGGGGAUGUUAGCGGAUGGAAGGUGGUCGAUGAGGUCCGUGUACAUUUGGAUGAGAAGAAGCGUAAUUGUGAGGAAGAACAAUGUAGAUUCCUGGGUACUUAUUUGGAAUUACAACAACAUGCUCAGCUGGAGCAUCCUCAUGCUUGUCCUUCGAAGAUCGAUCCUGCUCGGCUACUUGACUGGGAAAAUUUUCAGCAGUCCUCUGAGAUCAUUGAUGUCUUAAGUACCAUUCACUCAGAAGUUCCUCAUGGCGUGGUGUUUGGUGACUACAUGAUUGAAUAUGGAGACGAUGAAAGUGGUGAUGAGUUUGAGGAUUUUCCUGGGGAUGAAGGCAAUUGGUGGACCUCUUGUAUCUUGUAUCAAGUAUUUGAUAAUUUUAGGAACUCAAGGAACCGAAGGAGGUCAAGAAUUGGCGAUACAAGAAGGGGAAGUCGACGUUCAAGUAACGACUUAUCAAAUUCAGAUGACAGUUCGGUGGCCUCAGUUGAAUUUGCAGAAUACGGGGUAGAAGAAAUUGAUGACGAACUUGCAAGUACAAAUGUGACUUCGAGGGGUAGCUCCAACCAUAGGAGUUCCCGAAGACGUCGCUCCCGCUUUUACGACAACUAGCCACUAGCUUCGGAUAAUGAAGCGGAGUUAAGGAAAUAGAGGAACCUUUUAGAUGUAGGAAGUACUCAAAUUCCUGUUAAAUUAUGUUAUGUUUAAACAUUUAGUUCUUAGAUUGUGUUGCCUUCUUUCUUUCUUCUAGUCUUGUUUGGUUUCUUUUAUGGGGUUGUUCUAAGAUGUGUUCUGCUCACUCAUUACAUUGUAAAAAAGGAUUGAAAGGCGCCAAGCUGAUGAUAACUGAUGCUUCAGUGUACAGCUGAUCUAAGUUUUGUUCCCAUGUUUCAUUUA